UGAGCCACCAAGAUAUCAAGUCGCGAAUACUGGCAGAAACGAAACAGCAAACCAAAGCAGCUCUUAUCAAUAUCAUUAUCAUGGCCAUGCAGCCGCAGCACUAGCGUGGCGCGUCAUCCUAGCAGCCGAGCUUCAUCGACGCGCAGACCUCCACAUCUCCGCACCUUGCAACUGCCAGUUCAAUGUCCUCCGCCGACUCUGGCACGCUGAAACGGAAGCACUCUGUUUCUACUCAGCAGAAGCUGUCCUUCACUGCCCAGCAGAAGCCUAACUCGGCCGCCACCGCUCCGCUCUCUCCGACGAACAAACGUACCCGCCGAGAGAGCUCCCCUCGGGAAGCCGCCACCCCCGUCACAACAAGCACCAUGAGUACUGCCGACAUGUACAGCUUCCCCAGCAAGCGGGCGAGCGUAGUCAGUGGCAAAGAGGUGGUAGAUAUCACCUCCAGCCCAGACAACAGCCCUGCAAAGCCUCGCAACGGCAUGAUUCGCAAGACGGCGCCGAACAUGGGCGUCAACGCUGGGCCUAAGCGGUUGGUGGUCAAGAACUUCAAGCCUACACGCCGGGUCGAUCCUAAAGCCUUUCUGGACCAGACGUGGCAGAAGAUCGAGGGUGCGCUGGACACCAUCUUCAAGCAAGACGACAUCGACUUCAGCCUUGAGGAGCUAUACCGCGGCGUCGAGAACCUCUGCCGGCAGAACAUGGCACGUGACAUCAAGGAGAGGCUCGUCAAGAAGUGCAAGGAGUACGUAGGCGGCGCGCUGAAGACCAAGGUCAAGGAGAGCUUAGGCCGAACAAACGUCGAUGUGCUGCGGGCAACGCUUCAGGCUUGGAGCACAUGGUACGACCAGGUCCAGUAUCUUGACUGGAUCUUUUGCUACCUCGAUCGAUCGUACCUGCUUCCACGACAUGAGUCCCUCCGCGACAUUUCGGUGGGCCUCUUCCGCUCCAUCAUCUUCGAGCAUGCAAAGCUCAACCCACGCAUUGUCGAUGGCGCUUGUGAUCUGGUUGCUGCUGAUCGAACGGGCGGCGACUUGGACAGCGACAUGUUCAAGAAGACCGUGGACAUGUUCCACGAUAUGCACGUCUACACGCAACACUUCGAGCCACGGCUGCUUGAGUUCAGCCAGGAAUACGUCAUGAAAUGGGCGGAUGCUGAGAGUGAGCGGAGGUCGUUGCCCGAGUAUGUCCGAAGUGCGAGGGCGCUUAUGGAUCGUGAGAUGCAGAGAGCGGACUUGUACAGGCUGCCGAAUACCACAAAGCGUAAUCUUCUCGCGUUGCUAGAGGACCACCUCAUCUCGAGAAAGGAAGAGAGGCUCAUCAACCAAGACGAGUUUGCGGAUCUUCUCGAAGCGAACUCUGUUGAGGAUCUUGAGCUGCUGUACUCGCUGCUUGAGCGACGGAGACUUGGUAGUAAACUACGACUGGGGUUUACGAAGUGGAUCGAGGACGAAGGCACAGCCAUUGUGUUCAACGACAAGGAACAAGAGAACAUGGUCAUUCAGCUCCUGACCCUCAAACGACAACUGGAUACCUUCUGGAAAGUGGCUUUUCAUCGCAAUGAUGAACUUGGUCGCGGGCUGCGCGAGUCUUUUGAGACGUUCAUGAACAAGACGAAGAAGACGAGUGCGAGCUGGGGCACAGACAACUCAAAGACUGGUGAGAUGAUUGCCAAGUACGUCGAUAUGCUGUUGCGAGGAGGCGCGAAGGCUAUUCCGGCGCAGCUUAGCCGGAGGGCGUCUACCAAGCUGGAUGUGGCAGACGCAGAGGAUGACAACGAGGAAGCGAUCUUCGAUGAGGAUACUGAGGUCAACGACCAGCUAGAUCAAGUCCUGGAUCUGUUCCGAUUUGUUCACGGCAAGGCCGUGUUCGAAGCCUUCUAUAAGAAGGAUUUGGCUAGACGGCUGUUGAUGGGCAGGAGUGCGAGCGCAGAUGCUGAGAGAAGUAUGCUUUCAAGGCUGAAGACAGAAUGUGGUGCCGGCUUUACAGCUAACCUGGAGCAAAUGUUCCGUGACAUUGAGCUCUCCCGCGAAGAAAUGGCUUCCUACAAGAUGAUCUGCGAAGAGCGUGGCCACAAGCAAAGCCUCGACCUGAACGUCAACAUCUUGUCCGCGUCUUCAUGGCCCACAUAUCCUACAGUCCCUGUAAUCAUACCUCCGGAGAUCAAGUCAGCCAUCGAUAAGUUUGAGACACACUACAAGUCCAAGCACUCCGGCCGCAAGCUCGAAUUCAAGCACGCCCUCGCUCACUGCCAAAUCAAAGCCAAAUUCCCAAAGGGCAACAAGGAGCUCGUAGUGUCCUCCUUCCAAGCCAUCGUCCUGCUUUUCUUCAACGGCAAGCCAGCAGACGAACACAUCGAGUACAGCUACCUCAAGGAGGCCACCGGCCUGCCCCCCACAGAACUAAACCGCACCCUCCAAUCCCUCGCCUGCGCAAAACUGCGCCCGUUGACCAAACAUCCCAAAGGCCGGGACAUCUCCCCCACUGACACAUUCACGCUCAACGCCUCCUUCAGCGACCCGAAAUACCGCAUCAAAAUCAACACCGUCCAAUUGAAGGAAACCGCGGCGGAGAACAAAGAAACCCACGAGCGCGUCGCGGCUGACCGGAACUACGAAACGCAAGCCGCGAUCGUGCGGAUCUUGAAGGCGAGGAAGCGGAUCAGUCAUGCAGAGUUGGUGGCUGAGACGAUCAAGGCGACGAGGAAUAGGGGGACGCUGGAGGUGGCUGGGAUUAAGCGAAAUAUUGAUCGAUUGAUUGAGAAGGAGUUUUUGGAGAGGGAGGAGGAUGGGCUGUAUGCUUAUAUUGCAUAAGCACGGUGACUUGGCGGAUUUAUGUAUAGGAUAGACAUGAUAGAAUAUGAGAGCAUGAG